UCUUUCUUCUGCUGAAAAUGUUGAAAAUGUAUCAUCAAAUGUUUCUCAAAGCAUGCCUUCCUCCAAAGCUCCUGGAACAAUUCAGCAGAAUUUGGGUUCACUGAAGGGAGACUUGUUGCACAAUCACUUUUGAUUAACGUGAUGUCAGUACCGAGGUUCUUUAAAAGAGAAAGUCCUGCCAAAAUACUCACACACUGUCUGCAGACGGGUGAAUUAGAGAAGUGAAUUGCUCUAGGAAACAUCUGCAGCUUUACCUUUUAUUUAGUUACACGUUGAUUGCUCAUUGGGAAAUUUCACAAUGAUGAAGUUCACCAAAGCAACCUUCGUUUUUUUGACAUGCAUGACACUGCUGUCCAAAAGAGAAGUCUUUGCUGCUAGACUGUUGGCUCCACAGCUACGCUGCCCGUGUCUUCGAACAUAUUCCGGAAAACCAAUUUACCCCAAACUAAUACAGAACAUACAGAUGAUUCCUGCUGGAGCACAAUGCAGAAACAUGCAGAUCAUUGCCACACUGAAACAAGGACAGACCUGCCUCAAUCCCAAAGAUGAAUGGGUGAAAAAGAUCAUCGAAGGAUGCCGUACAGCAGUCCAAAUAACGGCAUCUGAUCUUGAGUGUUUUCAGAAAUCAACAGCAGAAGCUUCACCCAUCAUGAACGUCUUCCUGAUGUUAACCGUUAUUGUAGCCAGCAUCGUUCUGUCCGGUGCUGUGCAGCCUCUCAGCGCAGGUUACAACACCCGCUGCAUGUGUCUGAAACUGGAGUCCAGGAUCAUUCCACAUGACAACCUGCGGCGAGUGGAGAUCCUGCCUAGAGGCCCUCACUGCAAGACAACUGAGGUUAUUGCUGGUUUAUCAAGUGGAGAAAGGAUCUGUCUAAACCCCAGGACACCAUGGGUUAAAAAACUCAUUCUCUUCAUUGAGAAAAAAGAGCGAGCGGCCAAGAAAGGCUAGAAGACAUGGUGUGACUAAUAUUGCUUUCAUUCUCACUACUCAAAAGACACCUUAGUUUUGGAACAGAGGACCUAAAUUCUAGUUUUUGCUUCUUGAAAAAUAAGAUUUUUGUAUUCCUGUAUUCUGAGCCUCUCAUUUUGAUUGAUAUUUGUUUGUCCUGUUUAAUGAUUUCAGGACACCAUGAACCAAAUGAUGUGCUACACUACAGAUAUACAUCUGUUACACCGAUCGAUUCAUUGUUUUCAUUGUAUACAGAUACAAUCACAGUUUUCAGUGUUGUUUGUUGUUGCUGUUUUACUGCAGAAGUAUAUGGAUGAUGGUGGAAUAUAUGGAUGAUGUUUAUUAAUAAAUCUUUUCUUUUAUAAAAUCAA